AUGGAGGAUGAAAUUCAGUUCAGGUACCCACACAUACAAAGCGAGGAAUCAUCAGCAUGUUUGGCCUGGCUCAACGAUAUGUUGACCAAAACGAGAGUCAACAAAGGACAAGAGACCUGUCCACCAGUCUGGAAAGAGAUCUCAACUGCCCUCACUGCUCAAUUUCUGGCAGAUGGUCAAUGCACAGACGCCGCCCGCGCCGCCAUCCGAGCAUCCUUCCACGACUGCUUCAAUGGUGCUUGCGAUGGCUCAUUGAUUCUUGCCGACGAGUGUUCCCGCUCGGAGAACAGAGGUCUUGAACGACUUUGUGGCAACCUCGGAAGUUUGGCGCAGCAGAAAGAGGUCGGAGUUGCAGACCUCAUCCAGUUCGCUGCGGCCCAUGCCAUCAAGACAUGUCCUGGAGGCCCGACAGUACCUGUCAAGAUUGGUCGUAAAGACUCGGAUCAGGCAAACACGCAGGGUAUACUUCCUGGACCUCGUGCAGAGAGUGGUGAUCUCAUUAAGCUUUUCGCAUCGAAGGGUUUCUCUCCAAUCGAUCUCGCUGCUCUUAUUGGCGCCCACACAACUGCUAAGCAACGUAUCUCCGACCCCGCUCAGGCCGGCGCAUCGCUUGACUCAACCGUCGGUACCUGGGAUAACAAGUACUACUCGGAGACAAAGAACGGCGGAGCACCUUUCACCCUCCCAGCGGACAAGAGCAUUUCGCAAAAUCCUAUUACCGCGAUCCCAUUCGGCACCUUCGCCAUCAGUAAGGGUGCGUGGGACUUUGCGUUCGUUGCUGCUAUGACUAAGAUGAGCAUGCUGGGCGUGAAUGGUGCAGGUCUUGUCGACUGCACAAGCGCGCUGCCUGGCGGUAGCAGGAAGCGUGAGAUCAGGAGCAGCAAUUUGUUUGAUCGAUUGAAGUGGUAG